AACAAUCAGGAAGUGAAUGAAGGUGCUGUGCUAAUUAGGAUGUAUGAUUGCUUCUCACAGCUUUCUAGAGCAGAUAAGGGAUGUUGAGAUGAGAGGCAGUCAAGCCUAGAAGCCAUUCUUAGCAUUGCAAGCAUCAACUUGCCAAGAGCGACCCCCGUAACUUUUCAGGUGCCAGUCUGGAGAAGCGGCUUGCCCUGUCCUGAUCCCUUUAAACAGUCACUUAUCUGCUUUCCUUGAAGGGACAGCAACUUAAAUGCUUUUCCUUGAUGGCAGAUUUCAUGUGCUCUUUGCCCCCAAAGCUAAGUGCUAUCUGGUCUCAUCUUUAUGAACACCCAAGGGGUGAAUAACGAGGAGAUGGACAGAGAGACCUUGUAGAGGUGGGAUGUUGUACACUCUGUCCCUUUCUAGAAUAGCCUACCAUCGUCACAUGCAUGUCAGCAUGUUCACACUGAUGUGCAUACACACAUGCACACCCCAGAGAGGUCCACUUGUAGAGAUUGGAAUUGUGCAUGUACAGUGUUCAAACCCUGCAGCAAUGGGCAGUCAAGGGUCUUCUCCCCACCACAUGUGUGCCAGUAAACAGUCACUCAGUGCAUUUAGCUCCCCAGCCUGGCCACGGAGCAGCAUGCCCCAUUGCCCACAAAUCACCAGUCUGUGCUGCCUCCCUAAGCGAAGGCAACUCUGCCAGUUCCUUAGCAUCAGUUUCUUGGGAGCUGUUGGCUGGCAUUAUCAAGAUGCCAUCCUAACCUUGGCUGCCAGUUCUGGUGUUUCCUGCCCAGGAAGAGGGAGACAGCAAGCUGGCUGCUGGAGAGCCCCAUGGGUUCUAGCUCCCACCUUCCUUGCACCUGCCAUCCAAAUGGGCACCCUGAAACAGAAAGGCUGCCUCCUCCUUUUUCUCAUGCUACCCACAGCACCCCCAGGAACGGGGGAAGGGAAGCUGCUGUGGACAGUCCCCCUCCCAGUGCUGCUUUCGGAGGUCAGUUGGGCAAGUUUAUGCUUAGCGGAUCCCAAGCACUUCCCAGGUAACGUGCCCACCUUCUCUGCAAUCAUGCUAUUUUUGAAUUCUCUUUUGUUUUCUUUUUUUCUUCCUGUUUUUGUUUUCCUUUCUUCUCUUUCUUUUUUUGUUCUGUCUCCUCAUGUUUGGUCCCCAGGCUCCAGCGCUAAGAAACAGGGCGAGGACUUAGCGGAUAAUGACGGGGAUGAAGAUGAAGACAUCCGAGACAGUGGAGCCAAGCCAGUAAUGGUGUACAUCCAUGGUGGUUCGUACAUGGAAGGGACAGGCAACAUGAUUGACGGCAGUGUGUUGGCCAGCUACGGCAACGUCAUCGUCAUCACCCUCAACUACCGUGUUGGAGUGCUCGGGUUCCUGAGUACUGGGGACCAGGCUGCCAAGGGCAACUAUGGGCUGCUUGACCAGAUCCAGGCACUGCGUUGGAUCAGUGAAAACAUUGUCUUCUUUGGAGGCGAUCCCUUGCGUAUCACUGUCUUUGGCUCGGGCAUUGGUGCCUCCUGUGUCAGCCUGCUCACCCUAUCACACCACUCUGAAGGCCUUUUCCAGAGAGCCAUUAUUCAGAGUGGCUCAGCAUUGUCAAGCUGGGCCGUGAACUACCAACCUGUGAAAUACACCAGCAUGUUGGCCGACAAGGUGGGCUGCAACGUCCUGGACACAGUGGACAUGGUGGACUGCUUGCGAAAGAAGAGUGCCAAGGAACUCGUGGAGCAGGACAUCCAGCCAGCACGCUACCAUGUGGCCUUUGGGCCCGUCAUUGAUGGGGAUGUCAUCCCAGAUGACCCAGAAAUCCUGAUGGAGCAAGGCGAGUUUCUCAACUAUGACAUUAUGCUGGGCGUUAAUCAGGGCGAGGGCCUCAAGUUUGUGGAGUCAGUAGUAGACCAAGAGAACGGGGUCUCAGGCAGUGAUUUCGACUAUUCUGUUUCCAACUUUGUGGACAACCUGUACGGCUACCCUGAGGGCAAAGACACUCUGCGCGAGACCAUCAAGUUUAUGUACACUGACUGGGCUGACCGGGACAACCCUGAGACACGCCGCAAGACACUGGUGGCUCUCUUCACUGAUCACCAGUGGGUGGAACCAUCAGUGGUGACUGCUGACCUCCAUGCCCGCUAUGGCUCCCCCACUUACUUCUACGCCUUUUAUCACCACUGCCAGAGCAUCAUGAAACCAGCCUGGUCCGAUGCUGCCCAUGGGGAUGAGGUGCCUUACGUCUUUGGGAUUCCCAUGAUUGGCCCCACCGACCUCUUUCCCUGCAACUUCUCCAAGAAUGACGUCAUGCUGAGUGCUGUGGUCAUGACUUACUGGACUAACUUUGCCAAGACAGGGGACCCAAACAAGCCUGUGCCCCAAGACACCAAAUUCAUCCAUACGAAGGCCAACCGCUUUGAAGAGGUGGCUUGGUCCAAAUAUAACCCCCGUGACCAGCUCUACUUACACAUUGGCCUCAAGCCACGGGUACGCGACCACUACCGGGCCACCAAGGUUGCCUUCUGGAAACACCUGGUCCCCCACUUGUACAACUUGCAUGACAUGUUCCAUUACACAUCUACCACCACCAAGGUGCCGCCGCCUGACACCACCCAGAACUCGCACAUCACGCGUCGGCCCAACGGCAAGACUUGGAGCACCAAGCGGCCAGCCAUCUCCACUGCCUACACCAGCGAGGGCUCUCAGGAGAAGUGGAAUCCGGAGCAGGACGGCGCAGGCACCCUCCUGGUUGAGAACCCCCGCGACUAUUCCACCGAGCUGAGCGUCACCAUCGCGGUGGGGGCCUCGCUUCUCUUCCUCAACGUUUUGGCCUUUGCUGCGCUCUAUUACCGCAAGGACAAACGGCGACAAGACACCCACCGCCAGCCCAGCCCGCAGCGUGCCACCACCAAUAAUGACAUUGGCCACACGCCGGAGGAGGAGAUGCCCUCGUUGCAGGCGAACCAGACUCACCAUGGAGACUGUGAGGCCGUGCCACCCCAUGAUGCCCUCCGUCUCACCGCUUUACCUGACUACACGCUCACUCUGCGCCGUUCACCGGAUGACAUUCCGCUCAUGACGCCCAACACGAUCACCAUGAUCCCCAACUCCCUGGUGGGCUUGCAGACCCUGCACCCUUACAACACCUUUGCUGCCAGCUUCAGCAAUACGGGGCUCCCACACUCACACUCCACAACGCGGGUAUAGCUGCCCAAGCGCCCUGCACUCCCAUGCACAUACUCCACGCUCACUGGACCUGGCGCUGCGGGGGGAGGGGGCGGACAUGGCAAGCUCCUCCGGCUCGCUCUUUGGGGGUUUCAUUUGUAUCAAGUGCUUUGACUCUCCUAGUGCCCAGCAGGGGCAGUGGGACUCAUCCUGGCCCAAUGGAGUACAGCCCAGCAAGGGCAAAGGAGGCUAACUUCACUCCAAGAGCUACCCCACCCUUUGCUCCUGAGUCCAACCAUACCCUGCCCAGGAGGAGAUCUGCAGUCUUGGAGGCUUUCUGUCCUGGAGGAGGCUCCCAGGAGGGCCUUCUGGAGUCACGUUGACCCUGUUUGGGGACAGGGCUCUAACAGGCACCAUCCUAAUGGUCAUCCAGCUGUCAUUCCCUUGUCAUCGCUAGAGAUUUACCAAUCAAAGUGCCAUGGAAACUGCUCUUGCAGGCCGAGUCACCAUGAGAGACGGCUGCUAGGAAUUGCUGGCACUGUGCCUGGGGAGCACCGGACAGGUGUGGUCUGCCCCUCCUCACGAGGUACUGGUGAAGGGUUCUGGAGAGCCUGGACUUGGUGCUGGGUCCAGCAGAUGCUGUCUGGUCCCCUACUCCCCCUGCCCCAACCCCCCCUCCCGCUCUUCGUGUUGCGGAGAAAAUUUAUGUCUGUUUUUUCUUUCCAAAAGAGAUUUUUUAAAGCAGAUCUUUAGUUCUUUAAACACUAACGGAGAUGCCCAUGUUUGGUCCUUUGUAAAGAUUUUAAACUAAGUGUUCUUGAUAAAGCCAGUGAGACAGACACACGCGCACACAUACAUACACACACAUCAGCCACGUCUGUGCUGCCAGCCCCUCCAGCAUCGACCUGUGCCAAACCGAGAAACCAGCAGACUUCGCUCGGGGUGGGCAGCAGGCCAGAGCCGGACAUAAGAUCCUUUUGUAUUUUUGAUAUGCCCAUCUGCCACCAUUCAUAUCUGUAGGUCUUACCCAAGCAACCUGGAUCUGAGGAAGAGCUGGAUCCCUUCUCCCAAUGCCCCCAUUGCUCUGGCCAUGCUACUCCACUACCCUCACCACCUGCUGUGCCAAAUCUCAGUCCUUUCACAGGUUGUCCAAGCCUCCCCUGCCAGCCUGAUCCUCUCCUGCUUCCUUGCCAGCCCAUGACCUACUCUGACCUCCAGCUGGCUGCCUCCCAUGUCCUCUUCCUCCUCCUCUUUCUGGAUUGGAUUGUGCUGCAGUUUCUUCAUUGUACCACCUGGGUGUGGCCCAAGUGGAGAUGAGGAGAAACCCUGGAGGAGGCCAGUGGCAUGGUGUGGAUGCAGUGGGGCGUGAGAUAUCAAGCAGAGGGGCUUUGCUUCCACAAAGCUUAUCAGGAGGCCCGUGGGCAAAACCCAUUCCUUUAGGGGGCAGUCUUGUCCACUGGAAGGUAUGG